GGCUUUCCGGCGCGGGGCGCGGCAGGGCGCGCGGGCCAUGGGGGGCAGCCUGCGGGUGGCCGUGCUGGGCGCCCCGGGCGUGGGCAAGACGGCCAUCAUCCGCCAGUUCCUGUUCGGCGACUACCCCGAGCGCCACCGGCCCACGGACGGGCCACGCCUCUACCGGCCCGCGGUGCUGCUCGACGGCGCGGUCUACGACCUGAGCAUCCGCGACGGCGACGGCGCCCGCCCGGGUCACAACCCCGGGGCACCGGAGGAGUGGCCGGACUCCAAGGACUGGAGCUUGCAGGACACGGACGCCUUCGUGCUCGUCUACGACAUCUGCAGCCCGGACAGCUUCGACUACGUGAAGGCGCUACGGCAGCGCAUCUCGGAGACCAGGCCGGCGGGCGCCCCCGAGGCCCCCAUCCUGGUGGUCGGCAACAAGAGGGACCGGCAGCGGCUGCGCUUCGGGCCUCGGCGCGCGCUGGCCGCGCUGGUGCGCAGGGGCUGGCGCUGCGGCUACCUCGAGUGCUCCGCCAAGUACAACUGGCACGUGCUGCGUCUCUUCCGCGAGCUGCUGCGCUGCGCUUUGGUGCGCGCGCGCCCUGCGCACCCGGCCCUGCGCCUGCAGGGGGCGCUGCACCCGGCCCGCUGCAGCCUCAUGUGACUGAACUGGACCGCGACGCCGAGGCCGGCGGCGGGAGGGGCCCAGUUUGAUUGGAACAACCGGGUACCUGGAUUGGACGAAGCUGCCCGACUUGUCUCGGAUUGGGCAGGACACAGUCUCCUCCCUGAUGGGACGAGGAAGCCGCCCACUCAGUCUCCUGGGCGACAGGACUCUCUCUGAGCCUCAGUGGACCCAGCCAGGCCCCAAGCUACAUCCGGCUCGAGCAGUCGUUUCUGGGACCUCAUGGGGUUACACUCCCAUUGGAUGGAAGGGACUUGGCCACGACUGGAAGCUGUCAGGUGGCUCCUGCGGCUUCACUGGACAAACUCUUAAGUCGCCUCCUCUCAGGAGGUAAUAAAGGGGGAGAACAACUCGCA